AUGGAUAUAAAGUUUGACAACAACAUCAGGCCGCAGCGGCGGCGACCCCCGCGUCUCAACUACAAGUCCCAGCAGCCGCGGGCGCGGCCCCUGACGGGAGACCCGACCCACACGGUAAUUGCAGCUCCCGCAGCCGGUCGCGUCUCCACCUCCCCCUUCCCGCGGGGCGAGAGCGAGAGCGAGAGCGAGAUCUCCCCUCCUCCCUCCUCCCUGCGCCCUCCUCCGGCCGCCGCGCCCGCCGCCCCCGCCCGGGACGCCCUGCGCGGCCGGCCAACGGCCCGCCGCCCUCGGCCCUGUCGGCGCCCUCCGCUCCCCCGGUCCCCCUUCCCGGUUCCUGCUGCUUCCCCGCCGCGGGCCCUCCGCCCCCGUCAGCCUCUCCUCGCCGCCCGCCGCGAGCCCGCCCCUCCCCCGCCCCCUGGCCCCGGCGGCGCUCCCGGCGGCGGGCCGGGCGUGGGGCCGCGCGCGAGCCUCGCUCCCCCCGGGGUGCCGCGCGCCGCGCCGGUGGGACGGGCGGGGGACCGGGCGCCCGCGGCCGCGCGCGGUGGCGGGGCCGCCCCUGCCGCUUGGCGGGGACGAGGGGUGACGGCGCCGCGAGCGAGCCCGGCGCCGGUGGCCGCUGUCAGGCCGGUGUCCGGGCCGGCGUGUGCCCUGGGGCACCGGCGGGCAAGAGCGCACGCCCCCGCUCGGCCGAGGGCUCCCGGAGCAGGGGGGGGGGGGUCGUCCGCGAGGGAAGAUUUAGGGGUUCGGUCCCCCCCCCCGCCUGUUUGGUGUGGCCCUUCGGAAGUGCGGCCUCGGAUGCCGAUCCCACCUGCACCGUGUGAGCACCUUGGAGACGCCGCCUUCACGCGGGGCUGGGUUUUCACUGAAGACCUGAGUGCUCCCGGAAGAGCUGCCCACACCUGUGGGCGUCUGAGGACCGAGACUUUGCCCGGCUUUGGGUCUGUUCGACCGGAGUGGCUCUUGGCGGCCCGUUCGGAAUUACCUGUCCCGCCCCGGAAGGCGCUCCGGGCCCGGCGGCGUUGGUGCGGCGGCGCCCGGGGAAGGUGGUCGGUGGGAGGGGCCGGCCCCUUCUCGGGCACAUUUGCGACUGGCCGUUCGGGAGACGGGAGCGAACUUGGGGGUAGUCAGGUGGUCCUGCGGAAGCGGGGGAGCAGGCGGUCAGAAAGUAGGUCACCCGGCCAUUCGAGAUCCAGCCCUUGGGACCGCCCCGGGGUACAGACGCCCGGUGAUAGCAGAAACCCCCAAACCGCCCGCGAGGCUAGUUCUUUCUGUAUGUUUGGCUCCCAUUUUCUCCUCGUCUCGCAGUUAAGAUAGGAGUAUAUGUUCUUGUGAUGUUGGAUGCUGACCACGUCCGUUGGCUUUAAGUUUUCAGAAAUGGCUGCCGUUUGUGGGUUAUGUGCUGUGGCUGGCACUGCUAAUCAUUUCCAGUGUCUCUUGUCCCAGUGAUCCGGUGAGGUGGCGGAGGCCCACAGAGGUUAAGAGACUCGUCCAGGACACACAGAGCCAAGGCUUUGAACUCAGUUUGUCUGAGGAUCUAAUCCAGGAUCCCACUCUGCAUUUAGUUGUCAUGUCUCCUGAAGUGUCCUCCAAUCUGUGAUACUUACAUAGCCCCAAGUAUCUCUCCCAAGAGGUUUAUAUAUCACAAAGGGAAAAAUGGUAACUUCACAGUGGAAAAACCUGACAGAUACCACCUUAACCAGUAAUAAGACAUACUGUGUCCUGCACUGAGACAGAAAUGCGUGCCCAUAGUGCGGUCAUGUGAACCCAGAUUGAGAGACAGUCACCAAAAUCUUAACUGUUGCUCCUCAGAGGCGUCCAGGUCUCGAAAAUCCGGGAAAGACUUAGAAUUUGCGUUUGCAAAGAUGGCAGGUGUGGUAUAUGCACUUUGACGCUGCGGAAAUACUUCCUGUGCUAGAUGGGUGCCAAGGAAUAAGAGAUCACCACAGUCUCGUUUUGUGGAUUGGUAAAUGGAUGCUUCAGGCACAGGUCCUAGGUGAGUUUAUGUUAAUGGUUUAUUGAUAAAACACCCAGCAUAGAGUAUUAGCCUUCACUUUUCCUGUGAUCUUCACCUACACUGUAUAAAUUCUGAAAACAUUAGCGGUACCAUUAAAUACACAACCCACAAGACUGACUUUAAAAUGUGCGUGUAACUUUACCAGUUUAGCUAUUUAUAAUCUGGAAAACAUUUUUCUCAUUUUGAAGAAGCUCCUGGGGGAAAAUACACAUUGAGGUUUUUGGUGAGACUGUCUCAGAUAAAAAGCUUUAAAAAGUCCUCCCUAUAACAGGUAAAUAAAGAUCAUUGUUGUGUUCUCUGACUUCACGUAUAUGAUGGUCAUAAAAACAUCACGUAAUGGAUUGUUCAUUGGAAGUACUUUGAAGCAUUCUGAAAUGUUCACUUUUGGGGCUGUGAGGGGGAGUUUUAGGGAAUUUGAGAGCACAUAUUGAGUGGGAUCUCAUUGUUGCAAUUUGCUCUGUCUCUCUCUCUCUCUCUCUCUUUUUUUUUUUUUUGGUGAAGUUUAUUUUGAGAGAGUGCACAUGCGCACGUGAGUGGGGAGGGCCAGGGAGGCAGAAGGGGAGAGAACCUCAAGCAGGUUCCGCACUGCCAGCACAGAGCCCACCGCAGGGCUCAAUCGUGACCCGGGGGACCGGGCCCCAGCGCCCUGCAGUUUGCUCCUAAAAAGCUACCCUUGUUUUCUUGCUGGGGGCCAGUGCCUGGAGCUCAUUUAGCGCGUCCGCAAGAAUUGGAAACAGCAGUCCCGUCCUGCCUGCUUUUCAGGGUAGCGAUCAAAUAACAUUUAGGUUUCCCAUUUUCAUCUUGUGCAUGUUGUGAAACCAGUUACACGUUAGAGCUUCAGCUGAUAAUUCAACUUUAUGCUAUAUGCCUCACCUUUUUGGCUCUGUCCGUUGUCCAGGGCUGUGGCCGGACUGCCCCCCCUGGAGGAAGUUCUGGACUCCUCACCCCCCAGUGCAGUGGUGAGGUGUGGCAUCCUCAUCAUAGAGCAUCGGUGUGUGCCUCUUUAAGAGGAAGCAGAGCCUGGGGGCAGCACCUGGAGCCUCCCAUCCCUUGAAACCUGUGAUUGUUCUUGAAUUAAAUUGUGAUGGGAGCAUGAACUUCUUAAGCCACACGUGGACGGUACGUCCAAAAUAUAGUGAUACCACGUGAAAUCGAUUCCUAUAUUGAAUUAACUUUUCUGUACCUUUCACUUCUACCCACGGUCAAGAAGUGUCCAAUAUAAUUGAAUGUUUUGGGCCAUCUACCUCCAUGGUGCCCCAGAAUACCUCAGGAGGUCAGGUCGCUUACAGUGCAUAAAAGCGUGGAAGACGAAUAUCCAACAGGAAGGGCCAGAGAAGGCAGAGAUGAGAACAUGUUUUAAUUGAGUCCCUGAAAAAGUAGAUAGGUGGUAUGAAUGUAUAUGUGGAAAUUGACUACCAUUUCCUUGUCCUAAUUUAUCUUGUAUUAGAUAAAAUAGUCGAGCAUACGUAGGGCACUGAAAGUGCAGGCGGGUUGGACGGGGGCCCAGGUAGGGACGGAGGCCUGCCCUCACGGGUGGGAAUGCUGUCAGGAAACCCGGGAUGCGUUGAGCCAAUCAAGCAACUGUGGCCAGAAGCCUGUACUGACAAACUGUUUAGUAAUAAAGAUUUGUAUUCUGAGCUUCAAAAA